UUGCUGAAGUUCAAAUUGGGCAAUGGAUCUGGACACAGAGAAUCGUCUAGCUUCAUUACUCCUUGAAGAAGCACGGAGAUUACAGUUAGAGGCUGACAGGGAAGGUGUUCAUGCAUAUCUGCGAAAGCCCAAUGUUAGGCAUCGUCCAAACUCCCGUUUCCUCACAGCCACAGUUCGUGGAGUUCAACAAGCAAACCGUGUUGUGGAGGUUGAUGAAAUGUGGCGUGCCAGGGAGAAGGAACUUGAACUUGAGUCUAAGCUGAAAAGAAGAAAUAAAGAGCGUGGUGACUCUAGAGGGGAGAAACGCAAAGGUGACUCGAGAAAUAUGAGUUCCAACUCAAAGAUUGAAGAAGAAACCACUUAUAAUAGUUCUUACUCAGACCAGGAUGAUGGUCUAGGGGAUGAUGAAAUUGAAAAGUUUCUGCAUUCAAGGGUAAAGCGAGGAAGAGGUGCCGUUGGCUCUAGGAUGGAUGAACCUGGUCCAUACCUAAAGGCUUCAUCACAUUGUCGAGACGAAGAACCUAGCCCGGAUAUACGUUUGGAAGAAAAAUGGGAACGGCGAGUACAAGGUCCGGAGAGGCCACUGUUUUUGAGAUCCAAGUCUCCUGAUGAUUGCUGGCAUAAGGAAACAUUGGACGAUAAGCCAUCCAGCUCUUCUGAACCACGCAGAAAAAAGGAAAAUAAAAAGGAGAGGAAAUCAGAGAAAAAAGAGAGAAAGGAGAGAAAAGAUAAGAAGAAAUCUAAGCAUCGGCACCGCCACCACCAUCACAAAAGCCGAAGAAGGGAGUGAUGUGCCUGGAAAUCCAUUUCUGCACCCGAGCUCAUCUGCACCCGCGCCGACGAAAAAAAUCAAAACAAAUUCUAGCAAAAUUCAAAAAAUUCCAAAUAAAAUUUGUGUGGUAGACAAUUUGAUGCGUGAGGCCCGCUCCAAAUUUCAAGUCAUUUGGAAACCACCAAUUUGUCUUUUUUGCUGAGAGCUGCUCAUAUGUCCAAAUGACUUGAAAUUUGGAGCGGGCCUCACGCAUCAAAUUGUCUACCACACAAAUAUUUUAUUUGGAAUUUUUUGAAUUUGUUUUGAAUUUUUUACGAAUUCUUAUCUAACCAGGUGCAGAUGAGCCUGGGCACCAAAACGCCCUAUUUGUGAUGUGCCCUAUUACUGAACUACAAUAUGUACACAAGAAAAGGUUCUCUUACUGAAAGAUGCUGCUACCUGCUGCUGUUACUUGUUCAUUGGAUACCUGUGUUGUAACUAAAACUCGGCCAGUGCGUACAAGGGGUUACGGUUGGCACUGUACCCCGUGUUUAAACAUGAUCAUAUUAUGUGUUACUCGAGUUGAACUUUCUUUGCUUAUAACAUGAUUGGCAUCUGAUGAAA